GGUGUAAGACUAUAAUUCAUUCUUCACCAUCAGGUUUUCUGAUUAGACCCACCACUUCCAAUAUCUCGAAUCAUAUAUCCUUCUUCAUCAUCAUCACUCUCCUUCCUGUCUAAACAAAGAAACAAUAAUCAAAAAAGAAAAAGUUAAAAAACCAAAAAAAUCACUUUCUCCAAAAAGCACUUUUUAAAUUUCUCAUUCACCUGUCUAUAUACUACAAGCUGCUGCUUACUGCUACUGCACAAAGAAAUUUGAAAAAAAACAAAAAUGGAUGAAUCUUGGAGAAUGAGGAUGGGAUUGAACAGUCUACCAAGAAGAAGAUCAACAGAAGAAACUUCAUCGGAUCGAUUAAUGAUGACGACAAUGAGAAGAAAUAAUAACAAUAGUUCUCGGAUUAUUACAAAUGAAUCGGAAACAUCAUCAUCAACAACAACGACAACAAGUCUUGAUCCAGAAAAUUUCUGUGACGUUUUCGGAGGACCACCGAGAAGUAUAAUUUCCCGCCAAUUCUCUUCAGGAGAUUUGAUCACUGGGAAUUUAAAAACAAGUACAGAAACAUUUUACGAGGGAAUGUUCAGAUCAUCUGAAUACGUAGAUCGGUCGAAAAAUAAUGGAAAGAAGAUAUUACCUUCGAAGAAAAAGAAGAUCGACAGUGGAUUUUACGAUGAUAUCUUUGGAUCAGAUGAUGAAGAUAAAAGGAGAUCAAAGUGGAAAUCACCAUCAUCUGAAUAUUCGAAUACUAAGAAUCAGAAUUUGAAAUCGAAUUCAUCGUCGGUGUUGAGCUGGGAAGGAGAAUUGAGUCCGCUUCGUCCAUCCAUUGCUGAAGAUGAUGUUUUCUUCGAUACAUUCACGUCUACGCUCAGGCCAGUUAACAUCCCAGGUCGUCGGCUGUACACAUCUUCGAUGCUGGUUGAUGAACAACAUAAGAAAGCAUCCACCUCGGAUUAUCCAUGGAUUAGUAAUAACCAUGAGAAUCACAAUAAUCAACAUGAUUAUAUCAUGAAUAUCAGCAACAAUAAUCACAAUCACAAUAGAAUGAACUCAUCAACAAGGUUUGCAUUUUCUCAUAGUAUAUCAUCACCAGAAACAAUUAGUAUCGACCCGAACUCAUGCACAUCAAGUUCAUUCACUAGUAAUAGUGUACCGAAAGAGAACGGUAAUCCUGGAGAGUCACCAUCCUCUGUUGUUUCUUUGCAAAGAGAAUAUUAUCCAACAUUUGAUCAGAUACUAAAAAGUACUAACCGCCAUCAUUAUCAAGAUUAUAAAAUGUCUCCACAAGAAGAAGAAGACCAUGAAGAGGUGAUGAGGUCUUCUUAUGUAAUUGAGAUUAGUCCAGAAAGAAAACGAGAAACAAACAUAGAUAAAAGGGAAUCUGUAGGAAUCGAUGAAGCAAUUGCUUGGGCAAAAGAAAAGUUUCAGAGUCAAUGUGCGGAAAUAAUCCAGGAAAUAACAAAUCAUCAACAACAACAACAUCUGCAUCAAAAGAUUUCUCUGAGAAGUUUCAGUCCAGCAAAGCCAAUUACACAAAGAGAAGAUAAAUUUCUUACACGAGAGAAUGGAAUCAGAAAAUGAAGUAAUGAACAGUUGGUGAUUUUGUGUGUGCUUCUAGUUUAGUAUUACGUUUUUUGUGUAUGUUUGUUUGAAGUGUACAUGAUCACACUUGCAUGUACCAACAUUUAUGCAUCCCACUGUAUUACAAUUCAUAAACAUGUGUGAAUAUGAAAAUAAAGUUGAUGUUUUGAGAUUUUU